UGCCUUCGUAAAUCAGUUAAAGCUUUUCAGAAAUAUUGUUUAUGAACAAAUAUAAAUUGAUUAGGAACAGCUUUAUAUCCUGAACCUGUCAGCACUUAUAUCGUCAACAUUUUUUAAAGAAAAUAUUUGGAUCUGAUUUUAGUCGUUCAAAUUAUACUUUGCAUCUUUGGAAAGAUCGAUAAUAAAGCAAUCCCGUCAUGGACUCUUGGAAGGACAUCUUGGAGGAGAAUGUGGAGAGGAUUUUAAAGGGUGAGGGACUGGAAGUGAAAGAGUGUGAUUCGGCCAGAGAUCAGGUGCAGCCGGUGACGCUGAGGAAAGAUGUGUGUUACAUUGUUGCUGCAGUUAUCUUCAACUCAAAGGAGGAGGUGUUAAUGGUGCAGGAGGCAAAAACAGAGUGUUAUGGCAGAUGGUACCUCCCUGCUGGUCGUAUGGAGGGUGGUGAAAGCAUUCUAGAGGCGCUACAGAGAGAGGUCAAAGAAGAGGCUGGAAUAGACUGCCAGCCAGUCACAAUCCUGCUGGUACAAGAACAAGGGCCACAGUGGGUUCGCUUCAUCUUUCUUGCUGAAGUUACAGGGGGGUCUCUGAAGACGACAGCAGAGGCGGAUGGAGAGUCGCUGCAAGCUCAGUGGUGGGAUCGAGAGUCUCCGCUUCCUCUGCGAGGACGUGACAUACUGUCCCUCAUCGCCGCUGGAUUAAAAUAUCUUCAGAAUCCCUGGUUCCAAGCGUUAAAACCCGUUGACAUACCAUGUCAAGUUAUUUGCCAAAGACUGCUUCUAACAUUUGUCACUAGCAGAAGUGACAGCAGUGAGGAGGACCGCUUGUGGCUGUUGCUGAGCAACAGUAAAGGGGAAGAUGCCAGGUCACAUUCUCAUCUUCCUGUUGAAGUAUCAAAUAAAAGGUGCACUGUCACAUGGGCAGUACUUAGGUUGGUUAAGGAGUGCAUGUCUUCAUCAUACAGCAGGCUAAACGUUACCAUGUGUGGAAUCCUGGGAUUGCAGCACAACGGGCGUGUUCUUGGGAAAACAGAUGGAAUCUGCUUCAACACGCUUGUGUUUUUGGAAUAUUCAGAGGAAGGGCCGGAAAUCGGCGGCCCGCCGCUGUUGGAUGGUGACUGCUACAGAUGGCAAGAGGUUACCAAUCAGCGCCUGAGGGCGAAGAUGCUACAGAGGAUUAAAGAAGGGUCCGUUUUGCCUGUACACAGUCUAUGAUGAAGAUGCUGAACUUGCAUUUCCAACAUGAGUGCCACGACUUGCUUCAAGCAUGUGGGCUCACUGGCUGUACUUUUACCCUUUACUCUUUGAAUUGAACUACACUCACAAAAUAGUCCUUCGCUUGCACUUUACCACAGCCAAUUAUAUGAAGAGUUUGUUUCCAAAAUGAGACAACUUUUUUUUUUUGUCAAAAAUCAUGUUUUUUAUUAUGUUAUAAUUUUUUAACGCGUUAGUUAGCUGUAUUUUUGUGUUAUUAUGGCUCAAAUCAAAACAAACCCACUGCAGUUUGAUUGUUAUUAAUUGCAAUGCGCGAUAACAAAACAUGAUUAUAGAAAUGUUUCUCAUUUUGGAACCAAACUCUUCAUAUGUAGAAUUUAAUGUAAAGACAUUCUAGUAGGAUGCUGGUAUUUAGACAUUAAUUUAAAGGAAAAGUUCAUGAAAAAUAUAUAUAUUUUCUCAUUUACUUGGCCUACUGCAAUAGAGGGUAUGGACGUGGACGCCGAAAACACUCAGGAAUAUCAGGAUUUCGCAAUUCCGAUCAACUUUUCAGUUUCCAGGAACACCUGAUUCCUAUGUAAGUCGAGUCCAGCUGAUUGUAAUUUCAGCAAAUAAUUGCAUGUUUUAGUCCCGGUUUCUUUGUUUCUCUUAGUCUCCUCAGCCAAUUUGCUGGGUGUUUUGCCAAACAGGGGAAUGUGUCCUCGGGAGUGUCCCAACAUGCUCACAUGGUAAAUGAGAUCAAUGCAUGCCCUCUAUUCUAAGUGAGCUAUAUCUGAAAAACCAACUUGUUCCCAAAAGCACAUACAUCAAACAUCAGAACUCGACUCUCCUGUAAAAGCAUAGACAACUGUUACCUGGAAGCCAAUGGUUAUAGUUACAAAAGUUUGAAAUAUUAAUAUUUUUCUUACACAAACCAAUUUUUUCACUUCUGAAGAGAUUUAUUAAUCCACUGGAGUUGCUUUUUGGGCACAGGUUGACCACCAUACAAUGGCAUUAUAAAGCUAUGAAGAGCCAGGAUAUUAUUUUAUGUAACAACAGGUUGUUUUAUAUAACAGGUGUUCAGCUGAAGGAAUGCAUGAAGGUGAAGUAAUUCUAAAUUAAUUUUCAAUUUGGAUCAAUCUAAAUGGAAUAAUAUUGAUUUUGCUAAACACAUUAUUUUAAAUGGCAUACAACUGUAAAAAAAUAUUUGGAUUUAUUAUAUAUAUAUAUUUAAUAUUUUUAUUUUCUUAUUAGUUACCCUUGUUGCCUUAAAAAAUUGAGUAAACUUAAAAAAUAAUGGUCAACUCAACCAGUUUAGUCAACUCAACAAGAAUGUUUUAGUUAACAAAUUUUUUUGUUGAAUUAAUUAAAAUUGUAAGGCAACCAGGGCCCGGUUUCACAGACACGGCUUAUCUUAAACCAGGACUAUGCCCUAGUUGAAUUAAGAUAUGUAUUUAGCUUUUAUAAAAUGCCUUGGAAGAAUACUGGUGUGCCUCUUGAGACAAAACAAAGGCAUUGAUAUAUUUUAAGAUAUUUCUGGGCAAGUUAAAUUCAGUUAAGACAGGUCACACAUUGCUUUUAGUCUGAGACUAGCCUUAAAUCUUGUCUGUGAAACCGGGCCCAGGUAGCAUAUUUUUUAAAUUGAACCAAUAAUUUUUUUCAGUGUGCAGACAUAGACUCAAACCAAAAAUUAAACAGACAUCUCACAUUAUAACAGUUUUAUUAGCUUUAGUUUAGAAAUUGGUAAUAAAAUAUUACAAGACUUUAAACUAUGUCAGAACAAAUUCAUCUUGAUAAAGUCAGAUAACAUCGAUAGAAAGGUAUGUAAUGGAUAAGGUUGAAUAAGCUGUCAGAUGUUAAAUCAAAGCAAAACAUGGUCAAGUCAAACUGUCUGAAUCAUUUUUAAUACAUUUUACUGGUAUUUUAAAGUAUAAACAAUUUUUGCGUAUGUCACCGUUUAUUUCGCUAUAAUUUAAUAUAUAUAAUUUCUCACUUUUUUAUAAAAAAAUAAAAACACAAACCGACCAAAGGCUGUGACCUCCUAUAAUGCAGGCUGCUGGAGUAACUGAUUGCUUGAAAGCAUGAUUUUUAUAAAUGCUCAUGAUUGUCAAAACACACUCUUAAAUGUUCUUCAUAAUUUAAAGUUUAGACCUUUUACCAAAGCAAUAUUUUUGUUUAAAUAAAGGUGAGUAUGUAUGUUGCAUACGAUGACCUAUGCUGCUGUACAAUCUGUAAUAAAUUAACAAACAUAGAACGUCCAUGACGUCACCAGUCAAACCAUAUUUACCAACAAUGGUGAUCCUUGAAACAGUAAUAAAAACUGCAGUGAUGAUGAUAAACUUCCUGCUGCAGUCUCCAAAAAACAUCACACUGCAGUCUGCAUGACAACACUGGGUAAGGAGUGCAAACCUUUAAUAAACAUCCAGAAGUUAAGUAUGAACACAUGUGAAGGGCAGCACAAUGGGAGAUUUUCUGGGAAAACACACAAUGUGGUUUGUUUCAACCCUUUAUUGGAGUUUGCAGAGGAAGAGGAGAUUGAUCUGAAUAAAGCACCUAAAUUAGCAUAAUAAUUACAUUCUAGAGAAUUGUGUGCUUUUAAUAUUCUAGUAACAGUUCGAGCAGGGCCUUUUUCUAUUCCACCACAAUAACCUUUUGCCAAAUUCAACAUUGAAUAAGAAACGACUGAUUCAGUCUAUCAACCCAUCAAUGACUUGUACACGGGUACAAUCAUUUCAGAACAGAAAAAGACUUUCAAAACUGUUGCAACAAAGAUGGAAACACAACUCUUAAGUUUGCUAUUGGAAAUA